AUGCGCUGCCCGCUCGGCCUCUUCGUCGCCUGCGCCGUCGUCGACGUCGCGUCGCCGGCCUCUCGCGCCGACGUCGCCUACGCCGCCUGCGCGCUCGCGCUCCUCGACGCCGGCGCCGACGGCCAGACGACGGGCGCCAAACUGGAAGACGACUACCCGAACGGCCCCAAGAACCUCAAGUGCUUCUACAGCAACAAGGUGGGCCGGAACACGGGCUACGCGUCGAACAGCGAUCUGGAGGCCAUCCUCUGCCCCGAGGGCCAGAACAAGUUCUGCGUGCGCCAGGUCGUCAACGGCCUCGCGCGCACGGAGUGCGGCAUGACCGAGUACUUCGGGGACAAGUACUACACUUUGGCCAACGACGACCAGGAGUGCAUGUUCCUCAAGUGCAGCGACACCUGCGACGAGGACCAGCUCGACGUCCACUCCGAGUACAUCGAGGAGUUCCGCGAGGACGCGACGUACACGCGGGACACGCUCUGCUGCAAGACAGACUACUGCAACGCCGCGGGCGGGCUGCGGCCCGCGGGCGCGGUCCUUUUUUCCGUCGCGGCGCUCGCGUUCCUAAGGUGA